GUCUUCAAGAUGUUCAGACAAAUCGUAGCGCUUGUGUUGGUGGUUUUGGUCGCACGGGCCCACGGACUGACGAUUCUUCAAUGUUCCAACAACCGACCGGGACCGCAGGAAGUCAUCAUCCCCGGCUGUAGCGUCCUACCGUGCUCGGUACCGAAUCAGUCAAACUUUAACUUCAGCGUCCGAUUUGCGCCAACAUUCUCCACCAACAGCCUUACGGUGGAUGCGACCGCCACGCUGCAUGGACUAUUUCUGCCCUACGAACUUCCGGCCCAUCUGCGUAACGGUUGCAAUCACAUCGACACGUCUUGCCCGCUGGCUGCCGGCCAGACCGUUACCCUUAGUGCCGCUGCACCGGUCGAGGCUCCGCUUACGGGUGUCACGGUCAGAAUGGAGUUCGAAAUAACCGGGGACGGUGGCCAGGUGGCCGUUUGCUUUGCCGCCACUGUAACGCUGACUUAG